AUGCGCGACAAAGCCAUCCUUCCCGAUGAGAUUCCUCAGGAUCAUCCCUGUCGAAAGGAGCCGGAGAGUUACAGCAAGAAGGCGAUCGAUCAAGUCAGCCGCUACCCUUACAUGGUCCCAUCAAAGUACGAGGAGAAGUAUGGGGUACUUGUACGGUAUCAGUCGGACGAGAACAGGGGGACGAAGAAUACCAACAAGAGCUUGUUCUACAUAUCGGUCCCAGGUCUCGGCUGCGGGAGAGAUCGCGAGGGUGAUGCUGAUCUCGUCCGAGUCAAGUGGGAUCCCGAGACAGACUGCCUGUUCAACGAGGCCAAAUGCAACUAUCACACUACCGCCGGAAAGACGUGUCGAGUCAUGAAAAUCAACAUUCAUCCUCUCAGAGCCGGCCAGCAAUGCCCCGAUCUGACGGACACCAAAGGAGAGCGGAUCCACUACCCCAAGGCCACUCCAGAUGCAGCGGACAACGAAGCAGACAUUGUGCCAACAUCGAGCUCGGACGACGAAUACCAAGCGAACAAAAGGAAGCGUCCGGCUGGGAAGAGGAGCAGGGCAUCGAAGAAAGCUCCAGGGGUUGCCAUCGCCGAUGCUGCCGUGCUGGAUGACGUCGGAGAACACGAGCAGCGAUCAACUAACGCUGCGGAGGGGCCGUCAGCACGGUCCGCGCCAGUUGUGAAUGAGCGCAGUCAGGUCAACCCUAGUACCAGUGACUUUAGUGCUAGAGCGACUGCGGACUCGGAGUCCUCGCUCUUCCUUCAGAAGCAGCUCGAAACUCUGCAGACGGAACACCUCGAGCUCCAAGCGGAAGUCGCCCGCUAUCGCACUGCUCAGAGUCAAAGCGCCGACGACCGAGCGUCGAUGCUCCAGCGCGUCCACGUUGCCGCCAAACUCAAAGACCUCCGCAUCGCCCAACUUAAGCAGAUCGCUGCUUCCGCCGGUGCGGACGUCUCUGGCUCGCUUCGCAUCGACUUUGGGGUCCCGGCCGAUACCCCUCGUCAGCUGUCUCUGGCGGAGGAUGCGGCGUAUAUCGAGUUGAGCAUGAUGCAGGGUCUUUAG